AUGAAUUUAGUAUCUCAGGAUUUAUUAGAAGGAGAUUUAGUAUCUCGAGAAGGAGCAGAAAGUAGUCUAGAUAUACCAUUACUCAAACAAAAAAGAAAGCCAUCGAAAUUUUGGAAUCAUUUCAAGGCAAUUCUUUUCAGGAGAUUAGUAUUAUUCAGACGAACAUGGAAAACUACUGUAUUUUCAACAUUUGCAACACUUCUUUUCGCAUCUUUAGCACUUGUUGCUCAAUGGUUGAUUGCAACUCUUUGUAAAGAAAAAGAUGUUCCAAUUACUUUUAAUUCAUUUUCAGUACUUCAUGAUAACUUAUUUAUUGUUGCUAACGAAACGAUGCUUGAAAAAUACAAAAGUUACUUAGAUUUGAUAAAUCAAACAUACUUUAACGAUACAGGCAGAUAUCCGAACUUCACGUACUUCAAAACUCGAGAAGAAGCGAAUUCAUUCAUAUAUAACGAAAUUACUACGCAAGUUGAACCUCCAUCACAAAGAAUGGGUUUCUACUUCAGAGGUAAUGGAACAGACGAUAUCCCAGUUAUAUACAAUACUACAUGGAUGAUUCCUGAUACCAAUGUAACGCAACCUCUCUACGCAGAAGUCAAUGAUUACAGAAUUAAGUGGAAGAAGGCAUACGGUGUAAACACUGACUUCAACAUUUCAUUUGUUACUCUCAUGGAGCGUGUCCUUGACUUUAUUUUCGGCCAAAUCGCUCCAAUGCUCCUUUGUGGCAGUUUCUUAUCAACAAUUCCAAUUAUAAGUUCACAACCGAUCAUUGAUACAGUUGGAGAAGUCCGUGAGUACAUGCAAAGCUGUACAUUAACACUAAUUCCUUAUUGGACAGCCACUUUUUGUCUAGAUUUUAUUCUUUGGUUAGUAACUGCUACAUUAGUCUGGUCGUUGUUCAUUAUCGCACGUACACGAGCUUUCCUUGAUAAUAUCUUCCAAGUUUGGUACAUUUACGCUGCAUUAGGUCCCUCAUUUAUAUUAUUUAUUUACACCAUCAGUUUCUUCUUCGAUUUACCUAAUUCUGCAGCCAGAAAUGCCUUUAUCAUACUCUGUAUCCUCGAUAUCAUCCCUGUUGUCAUUGACAUUGUCAGAUCUUACGAGCCAAAUCCUGUUUGGCUUGAUUGGAUCUUUGCAAUGAUUCCAAGUCUUACCAUGCAACGUAUUUCCAUGGGCGUGUUGAUUAGAAUGGGCUUCAUGACACAGACAUGGACAUGGUACUGGAAAGAUCGCAAUCAACAAGCUUAUUACAUCAUGGAAUUCGCUGGAAUUGUUGAGUGGGCAAUUUUAUUGGCUAUUGUAGAAAGAGUGAGAAUAUACAUGGCAAGAAGAAAUGCAAGGGCAACAUUCGGUAAUUACCAUGAUUUCUUUGAAGAAGAGAAGAGAAAACAUCCAAUUACUCAAGAGGCAAAACAAAUGGAAGAAAAUGUUCGAAAUUCAAAAGAUUACAUUGUCAGAAUUUUGAAUGUUUCUCGUUUAUUCUUUAAUACAGCAAAUGAACCAGUACCUGCUGUAAACAGUGUAACACUUGGUGUAAAGAGAAACUCUAUCUUCGGAUUCUUGGGUGCAAAUGGUGCAGGAAAAACUACUUUGAUUAGAAUGAUCACUUCACUUUUGCCACCUUCUGACGGUGAGAUUGAGAUUGAUGGUGUUAACUUGAAGGAUAUGACUGAUAAGACAAUAUUGAGUAUCUGUCCUCAGUUCAACACUCAUCUUUGCUUCGAAAUGACUCCUCAUGAGCAUUUUUACAUGUAUUCACUUUUACAUUGUUUGGAUAAAAGUGACGCAAAAAGAUUGGAAGCACAACUUAUCCAAGACAUGGAAAUGGAGCAUCUUAAAGAUAUUCCUAUCAGAGAAUUGUCCGGUGGUGACCAGAGAAAACUAGCUGUUGCACUUUCUUUCCUUGGUCCAUCAAAGAUUCUACUUUUGGAUGAACCAACAGCAAGUUUGGAUCCAGUCGCUUCCCACAAAGUCCAUGAAAUGAUUCUCAAGUACAAAGGACAGAAAACAUUCAUGUUGUGCACUCACAUCUUAAGCGAAGCUGAAUUCUUGUGCGAUAACAUCUCAAUCAUGGUUAAAGGGUGCGUUUACACUUGCGGAUCACCACAGUACUUGACACAGAAGUUUGGUACUGAUUUCAGAAUCGAUUUAAUGCUAAAAGAUGAAACAGAUGAAACUGAAACAAAAUGUGACAAAUUCUUUGAGAAAAAUUUGCCAGGAGCGAAAUUGACAAUCAAACGUCCGAAAGCAAGGAUUUACUCUCUUCCUGCCAAAUCAAUGGCUCUCUCACAACUCUUCAAGAUCAUUCAAGAAGGAGAAGACGGAGAUAAUGGAAUUUCAUACUUCACUUGUUCAUCUUCUUCGCUUGAAAGAGUCUUCAUGGAAAUUGUCCACAUGUCUGAGCAUAGUGAUAUGGUUGCUGUUCAGAAUAACGAUACUUUGUAA